AAAUGUCACUUCCGUCGAACAUACAACAAAUGAUAAUGCUAGCAAUGCUGUGAAUUGUUGGCUAAAACGGGCAUUUUGAUGCUGUAUGUGUGUGUAACUUAAUCCAGGAUAUCGACUGGCACACCUACAACAACAGAUCCGUGGUGGCAGCUUCAACACUCAUGGAGCCGUCCACAAAGCCUGGGAACAACCAGGUGGCUGACGUGGUAUUUGUCAUCGAAGGGACGGCGAAUCUUGGACCAUACUUUGAAUCUCUUAGAAAAAAUUACAUCCUUCCAGCUAUUGAAUACUUCAACGGAGGGCCACCAGCAGAAACAGAUUUCGGUGGAGAUUAUGGAGGCACACAAUAUGGUCUUGUGGUGUUCAACACAGUGGAUUGCGCUCCUGAGUCUUAUGUUCAGUGUCACGCACCGACAAGCUCAGCCUUUGAGUUUGUGUCAUGGAUUGACAGCAUCCAGUUUAUGGGAGGUGGAGCAGAAAGCUGCAGUCUCAUAGCAGAAGGACUCUCUGUGGCUCUGCAGCUCUUUGAUGACUUCAAGAAAAUGAGGGAGCAAAUAGGUCAAACCCACAAGGUGUGUGUGCUGCUCUGUAACUCUCCUCCAUAUCUACUUCCUGCUGUGGAGAGUGUCAGCUACACGGGCUGCACUGCAGACAACCUGGUCAAAAUCAUCAGAGAUAGAGGAAUUAAUUUUUCUGUGGUGGCUCCUCGUAAACUGCCCGCUCUGAGAGCUCUAUUUGAACGGGCGUCUCCUGUAGGCGGUGCAGUUGAACCCCAUCCAGACUACAGUCAAGACCCUUUCCACAUGGUCCUGGUCAGAGGCAUCUCGCUGCCUGUUUCCGCAGGUGGAGGUCCAGGGCCGCUCAAACCUGUCCUCCCCCCUCAGGCCAACAGUCAGCCUCUUGGUGGAGCUUCACAGCAACCUCCAUCCAUAAAUGCAAACCACCCUUACCAGAAUUCGGCCUCCAUGAGUGCUGCUCAGGUGGCUGCACAGAUGGCAGUGGAGGCAGCCAACAACCAGAAGAGUCGCUUCCCAGGAAUGGGCGGUCAGGGUCCUCCAUUUGCGGUUCAGCCUACCAUACCAUCAGUCUCUGGGGUGAAGCUCAGUCAGCCCAGCAUAUCCACUGUCACAACGGCAAACCAGCCCAUGAUGCCACAGCAGCAAGUUACUCCAAAUCAACAGCAGCAAGUCCCGCCCCCAGGGCAGCCUGUGCCCAGUCAGCAACAGCAGGGUCAACCUCAGCAGCAACCAAUCGCAAAUCAGCCCACAGCGCCUUCAGCCCAGCCCAACUUGGCUGGUGUGUCUGGAGCUCCAGGCAAUGCAAAUCCCAUUGGACAGCCGCAAGGUGUAGCCAAUAAGAUUGUAGCUUGGACCGGCGUUCUGGAGUGGCAAGAGAAGCCCAAAGCCUCCUCUAUGGAUUCGACCAAACUGACACGCUCCCUGCCAUGCCAAGUUCAUGUAAACCAAGGGGAAAACCUAAACACUGACCAGUGGCCGCAGAAGCUCAUCAUGCAGCUGAUUCCGCAGCAACUCCUGACAACCUUAGGUCACCUCUUCAGAAAUUCUCGAAUGGUUCAGUUUCUGUUCACCCACAAAGACAUGGAGUCGCUGAAAGGCCUGUACCGCAUUAUGGCCAAUGGUUUUGCUGGCUGUGUCCACUUCCCCCACACCACCUCUCCCUGUGAAGUGCGAGUGCUGAUGCUCCUCUACUCCUCCAAGAAGAGAAUAUUCAUGGGCCUCAUCCCCAAUGACCAGAGUGGCUUCGUCAAUGGCAUCCGGCAGGUCAUCACCAACCACAAGCAGGUCCAGCAGCACCGAGCGCAGCAGUUGGGAGGGGCUGGGAAUCCAAUGCAACCCGGUCAGGUCGCCCCCAACCAGAACUUCCUCAAUAGGCCCGCUGGCCCCAUCCCCGUCUCCCAUGGCAACGUCCAGCAGCAGUCUGUGGUGGUGGGCAUGCCCCCUGUUAGUCAGGUCUCUAUGAUGGAGGAGCAGCAGAGGCAGAACAACAUGAUGACAAUGAGAGCAGCGGGACCAAACAACCAACAGCCACCCGUCACUGGCGCUCCACCCAACCAGGUCGCACAAAGUGGACAAGCCCAGCCCCAAGGUCCCAUACUCCGCCUCUCAAACCCAGGAGCCAAUCCCCAACUCCGCAGUCUUCUCCUCAGCCAACAGCAGCCACAGACCAAUGUGUCCCACAUGCCAGGCAUGAUGUCUCACCAGGGUAUGGGGCAGCAGUUGGUCCAUCAGACACCAGGAGGGGGGGCUCAAAUGCAGGGCCAAUGGAGGCAGCCAUUGGCAGGUCAGAUCCUGAUGUCUGGAGGUCAGAGAGGUGCUGUUCCCCAGCCUGGGAUGCCCCAAGUCUCCUCUGUCAUGGAGGAUGAAAUCCUCAUGGACCUAAUCUGAGUGAGCGUGCAGGACUCUGGAACAGUGUUUUUUAUUUAUAUUUUUUCUUAGUGGAAUCUUGGCGGCCCUUUUUUGCCAGUUUGGACACAUGCAUCCGCUCGGUUGCUUUAUUGCUACAAAUGUUCAACAUAAUUAAGGAACAAAUCAUGAGUAGUUUUCUUUUUUUUUUUUUUCUUUUCACGGGACUGAGCAGCUGAAGUUAAUUAGGGGCAGACAAUGCGAGCAUUAGUUUUUCAUGUAAAUGGUCAAACUGACAGCACGCUAAUCCUCCACGCUGAAGAAGCCAAACCAGAGGAAACAGAUGAUUAUGUAAAGCUUCUGCAAACUCCACUUUUCUGUACACUGUAUCAACAUCUGAAGUCGUUUUUCUUUUUAAUUGAGAUAUUGCUUUUUUUUCAUUUCUUUUUUUAAAAUCUUGAUAAAGUUGUUUUAUUUGGAUAAAAUAAAAGAAGGA